GGCGCAGGUGGGGCUGGGCGUUGCCGACGCCGGCCUCCGCGGCGCCUCUUGGCAGUCUCCGGUCCUUGGCACAAGCCGAAGCCUCUCGGGGCCCGGCGGGCCGCGGCUGCAGCGGCGGAGGAUGGCGCAAAAGAAAUAUCUUCAAGCAAAACUGACCCAGUUUUUAAGGGAAGACAGGAUUCAACUUUGGAAACCUCCAUAUACAGAUGAAAAUAAAGAAGUUGGUUUGGCAUUAAAGGACCUUGCUAAGAAGUACUCUGACAAGCUAGAUUGCUGUGAAAAUGAAGUAGAAAAGAUAAUAGAAGAAAUACGUUGCAAAGCAAUUGAGCGUGGAACAGGAAAUGAAAAUUAUAGAACAACAGGAAUUGCUACAAUUGAGGUAUUUUUACCUUCAAGACUAAGAAAAGAUAGGAAAAACUUGCUGGAGACCCGACUGCACGUCACUGGCAGAGAACUGAGGUCUAAAAUAGCUGAAACCUUUGGAUUUCAAGAAAAUUAUAUCAAAAUUGUCAUAAAUAAGAAACAGCUUCAAUUAGGAAACACCCUUGAAGAACAAGGAGUGACUCACAAUGUCAAAGCAAUGGUGCUCGAGCUGAAACAGUCUGAAGAGGAUGUGAGGAAGAACUUCCAGGUGGAGGAGGAGGAACAAAAUGAGGCAGAAUUAAAAGAAAAACGGAUUCAGAGGACUAAGAGAGGACUGGAGAUACUGGCAGAGAGAGCUGAGAUGGUGGUGGAUCCAGAAACGACACCUUACUUAGACAUAACCAACCAGACGGGCAGAUCAAUCAAAAUUCCCCCGUCGGAAAGAAAGGCCCUUAUGUUAGCUAUGGGAUACCAUGAGAAGGGCAGAGCUUUCCUGAAAAGAAAAGAAUACGGAAUAGCCUUGCCGUGCCUGCUGGACGCUGACAGAUAUUUCUGUGAGUGCUGCAGAGAGCUGCUGGACACGGUGGACAACUAUGCUGUGCUCCAGCUGGAUAUCGUGUGGUGUUACUUCCGCCUGGAACAACUGGAAUGCCUUGAUGACGCAGAAAAAAAAUUAAACCUGGCCCAGAAAUGCUUUAAAAAUUGUUAUGGAGAAAAUCAUCAGAGACUGGUCCACAUAAAGGGAAAUUGCGGUAAAGAAAAGGUGUUGUUUUUAAGACUCUACUUGCUUCAAGGUAUCCGAAACUAUCACAGUGGGAAUGGUGAAGAGGCUUGUGAGUAUCUCAACAAGGCACGCCAGCUCUUCAAAGAACUAUAUAUCGAUCCAUCCAAAGUUCACAACUUGUUGCAGUUGGGAUUUACGGCCCAGGAAGCCCGGCUUGGCCUGCGGGCAUGUGACGGGAACGUGGAUCACGCCGCCACUCACAUUACCAACCGCAGAGAGGAACUGGCCCAGAUCAGGAAAGAGGAGAAGGAGAAGAAGCGCCGCCGCCUGGAGAACAUCAACAACCUGAAGGGCAUGGGCUACUCUACACACGCGGCCAAGCAGGCGCUGCAUCAGGCCAGCGGGAACCUGGAGGAAGCCCUGAAGAUUCUCCUCAGUAACCCUCAGAUGUGGUGGUUGAACGAUUCGGACCCUGAGAGCAGCCAUCAGGAAAGCCCUUCCCAGGAAAACAUCGACCAACUCGUGUACAUGGGCUUUGAUGCCGUGGUGGCCAGCACGGCGCUGAGAGUGUUCAGGGGCAACGUGCAGCUGGCGGCUCAGACCCUUGCCCACAACGGAGGCAGCCUCCCUCCGGAUCUGCAGCUCUCGGGGGAGGACUCCUCCUCAACACCGUCCACGUCCCCUUCUGACUCUGCAGGAACUUCUAGUGCCUCGACUGAUGAAGACAUGGAGACUGAGGCCAUCAACGAAAUCCUGGAAGACAUCCCAGAACACGAGGAAGACUACCUUGACUCCACUCUGGAGGACGAGGAGAUUAUUAUUGCAGAGUACUUAUCCUAUGUAGAAAAUAUAAAGUCCUCAACAAAGAAAAACUAGAUAACGACAAAAAUAAGUACUAUGUUUCUGCUUAUAAAUUCUAUCAUUAUCAGAAGUCUAA